AGCGAGCGGGGGCCGGCGCUGCGUUCGCCCGGGCGCGCCCUCCAGGAUGCUGCUCCGCCCGGUCCGCUGAAAACGAGCGCCCCUUCCCGGCCCAAAGGCGGGCGCCCCUUCCCGGCGCCUCCUCCAGCUCACCCCUGAGGCUUCUAGGCGCCCGGGGCUCCCCUCGCCGGCUCCCUUCCUCCCUCUCUCGCUCUCUCGCUCGCGCUCGCUCUCGUAGGGCCUUCCUCGCGGUCCGUGCGCGCAGGCGGUGGCUAGCCGUCUCGGACGCAGCAUGCAGGCGCGCUACUCUGUGUCCGACCCCAACGCCCUGGGAGUGGUGCCCUACUUGAGCGAGCAGAAUUACUACCGGGCGGCGGGCAGCUACGGAGGCAUGGCCAGCCCCAUGGGUGUCUACUCGGGGCACCCGGAGCAGUACGGCGCGGGCAUGGGCCGCUCCUACGCGCCCUACCACCACCACCAGCCCGCGGCGCCCAAGGACCUCGUGAAGCCGCCCUACAGCUACAUCGCGCUCAUCACCAUGGCCAUCCAGAACGCGCCCGAGAAGAAGAUCACCCUGAACGGCAUCUACCAGUUCAUCAUGGAUCGCUUCCCCUUCUACCGGGAGAACAAGCAGGGCUGGCAGAACAGCAUCCGCCACAACCUCUCGCUCAACGAGUGCUUCGUCAAGGUGCCGCGCGACGACAAGAAGCCAGGCAAGGGCAGCUACUGGACGCUGGACCCGGACUCCUACAACAUGUUCGAGAACGGCAGCUUCCUGCGGCGCCGGCGGCGCUUCAAGAAGAAGGACGUGCCCAAGGAGAAGGAGGAGCGGGCCCACCUCAAGGAGCCGCCCCCGGCGGCGUCCAAGGGCGCCGCGGCCGCCCCCCCGCUAGCGGCCGCCCCCACGGAGGCCGAGAAGAAGGUGGUGAUCAAGAGCGAGGCGGCGUCGCCGGCGCUGCCGGUCAUCACCAAGGUGGAGACGCUGAGCCCCGAGAGCGCGCUGCAGGGCAGCCCGCGCAGCGCGGCCUCUACGCCCGCCGGCUCCCCCGACGGCUCGCUGCCGGAGCCCCACGCAGGCGCGCCCAACGGGCUGCCCGGCUUCAGCGUGGAGAACAUCAUGACGCUGCGAACGCCGCCGCCGGGCGGCGAGCUGAGCCCCGCGGCCGGGCGCGCGGGCCUGGUGGUGCCGCCGCUGGCUCUGCCCUACGCCGCCGCGCCGCCCGCCGCCUACGGCCAGCCGUGCGCGCAGGGCCUGGAGGCUGCGGGCGCCGGGGGCUACCAGUGCAGCAUGCGCGCCAUGAGCCUGUACACCGGGGCCGAGCGGCCGGCGCACAUGUGCGUGCCCCCCGCGCUGGACGAGGCCCUCUCGGACCACCCGAGCGGCCCCACCUCGCCCCUGAGCGCCCUCAACCUCGCCGCCGGCCAGGAGGGCGCGCUCGCCGCCGCCGGCCACCACCACCAGCAUCACGGCCACCACCACCCGCAGGCGCCGCCGCCCCCGCCGGCUCCCCAGCCCCAGCCGGCGCCGCAGCCCGCGGCCGCCGCGGCCCAGGCGGCGUCCUGGUAUCUGAACCACAGCGGGGACCUGAACCACCUCUCCGGCCACACGUUCGCAGCCCAGCAGCAGACCUUCCCUAACGUCAGGGAGAUGUUCACCUCGCACCGGCUGGGGAUUGAGAACUCGACCCUCGGGGAACCCCAGGUGAGCAGCAACGCGAGCUGUCAGCUGCCCUACAGAUCUACGCCUUCUCUCUACCGCCACGCAGCUCCAUAUUCCUACGACUGCACGAAAUACUGACCUGCCCGGCGCUCCUCUGCCCUGGCCCGCUCCGGCUUCGCCUCCCACACGCCACCCUCUCAAAGAGUUCGGGCUGCAGAGACGCAAAAAGAACCCAAACUUGCCCACCGCUUUUCCCGCAGACCCGGGAGCAGGGAGAGCGCGCGCGCGCCAGCCUCCGCCCUCUGCGAAGCUGCAGAGCCGUUAAUAUAAUAUUUAAAGUUGAGUUCACUGGAUAAUUUCUCAUCUUGCCCGACCAUUUCUAACUGCCAAAGUGAAAAUUCAAGAAACCUAUGCGGGGUUUCCCCCCUGUACAAUUAUGAGAUAUAAUGCUUUUCCCAGUUGUAGGUCUUUUACAAAACAAGAAAAUAAUUUAUUUUUUGUUGUUGUUGGCGGAUAAAGAAGUCAAGUAUCUGAUACUUUUUAUUUACAAAGUGUGAUGGUGUUGUAUAGUAGAUUCCUCACCCAGCAUUCCUAAAAGAAAAAAAAAACACUAAAAAUUUAACUUGACCUGUGUUUGUCUUAUGUGGUCUUAAUUGUUGUACUUGCCUUAAAAUAAACCCAUGUUGUUUUUCUGCCCAAAGUCCGGACAGUGUGUUUGUAUUCUCGAAUUUUAAAAAACCACGUGUGUUCACAAACCCACCUG